CUUCCCCGACCCAGCCUCCUCCCGAAUCGCAGAACUGACUUCAGAGUGCAACCCGAUGCAGCUGAAGCGAUGGCUGUCCGUGGCCCUGGUGGCCGGCCUCCUGCACGCGGCCUCCCCGAUCCUCCUGCUCUCCUCCUCGGCGGCCGCGGCCACCACCACGGCCCUCACCCUCGGCGUCAGCGUCUCUAACCCGGCGCUGGCGGUGGUCGGGGGCGCCGCGGUCCUGCUGGGCGCCGCGGGUCUGGUCGCGGCCAAGGCUGCGGCCGCCGCCCGCCGCGGCAGGAGGAGCGCCCCCGCCCUCGCUGACGACGGAUACUCACACAACGCCGUCGACGUCCUCUUCGCCGCCGCCGGAUCGCUCGACCACCGCUCCAACUGCGGCCUCCGCCUCGUCUGCGAGCUGUCGGCCACGCCCUCGGACCAGCUGGCCGAGGACGAGGCGCUGAUCAUGGCCCUGUUCGGGAGCCCCGACGUCGCCUCCCACGACCACGUCUCCAGCCCCGCCUCGCCCUUCCAGCUGGCCGCCUUCCUCGGCCGCGCCUCCAAGUCCGCCUCCGUCUGUGCCCACACCUACGCUAAGUGCCAGUACGACGCCGCCCACACCAUGGACAUCCUCCGCCGCAACGCCCACGGCCAGCUCUAGCGCCGGGCCUCGUCGACUUCAUUCCCUCGCCCGGGCCUCGUGUCCGCGAAAACCCUCGCUUCAUAUUUUCACAAAAAACAUAAAAUCUAAACCAUCAUAACAGUCCCAAAAAUCAUAAAGAGCCACGCGUGGAGGAGACUUCGGGAAGCGUUUUAGUUUUCCGUUUCCUCAGGCAGCCGAAGGAGGAAAGGCCUUGUGGGCCAUUCUAUUUUUGUACUUGCGAAAUAAACCUUUUAUAUGAAA